AUGGGUGCCUCGGCUUCCAGGAACUGGCUAGUCGGUGUUUCCGCGCUGGAUCCUGAACCCGAGGAGCCGCUGGGUCUGGGCCAGCUGCCCACGGAGCUGCUCGAGAUGGUGCUGAGCCACGUGCCCCCUCACGUGCUGCUCGGGCGCUGCCGCCGGGUGUGCUGGCGCUGGCGCGACCUGGUGGACUGCCAGGCCCUGUGGCUGAGCAUCCUGUCCCGAGACCACGCCGCCCUGUCACCCGUCCUCCGCACCUGCCUGCCGGCCGCCGACGACCCCAGGCCCUGCGUCCUGGGCCGCUUCUGCGAGCGCAGACCCAUAGGACGCAACCUUCUCCAGAACCCCAGGGGCCUAGGUGGGGAGCCCAGGAAAGGGGUCCUCCUCAAGGGAGCCGGUGGGAGGGGCCGGAUGCGGGGGGCGCUUGGACUCCGUGGGGGUUAUCACAAGAAGCAAGUGUUGGACCUGGAGAAGGAGGGUUUCUGGCGGGAACUUCUGGACAGUGGAAAGAUUGAGAUUUGUGUCUCUGACUGGCGGAAUGACCAACAAGGAACUGACUGUAUAUAUCAGCUGACUGUCCAACUUCUAGAUGCCGACCAGGCCAUCCUGGAUCACUUCUCUCCGUUGCCUUUUCCCAUCUGGAAGUGGAGAAACAGCGUCUCUCCUCGGGUCAGCCACGUGUUCUCCAACCUCAAGAAGGGCGUUCGCUUUGUGUCUUUUGAAUGCUGCAUCUGGGACUUGGAGUUCAGAAAUGAGCAGUAUGGAAUCUCUGUGACGAAUUCCAGUGUUAUCGUGCAGGUCUGUCUGUCCUAG